AUGGAAGGCAUCGACGAUGAGAGUGUCAAGGUUAAGGAGCGCAUACUGACGGAGAAGCCUUAUCUUAGUCUCGACUAUCUCGCUGUGCACCCGGAAAAUAAGGGUCAAGGCAUCGCUACAACUUUAGUAGAAAGCGGUAGCAGGCAGGCUGAGAAAAUGGGGAUUGAUGUCUUCAUCCUUGCCUUCCAGGCGGGUUUGAACCUGUACCUGAGACUCGGCUUCAAGGAGGUCGAGCGCAUCGUUCAAGAUGACUCCAAAUGGGGUGGUAAGGGUGAGUAUACAGUGUAUCUGGUUACCUACGAGGUCAACAAGAGCAGUGGUUGA